GAUUCCUGUACACUUGCUUCUUUUUUCUUUGCCGAUAAUUUUCAUUAUGAUAAAAAUCUACAUUUACGCUUAUCUCCUUUCAGCUCUGACUAUUGUGGAGACGAAGACUCUGAACAAAAAUGGCUAUGUUGGUAAAAAUGUGACAUUCAUUUGCUCAGGCUGGAACGUUUGGGUUGAUGUAAAAGUUAAUGUCAAGUAUCUUUGUCAAGAACCAUGCACAAAAGACAAAGACAUCAUCAUCAAAGCAGCGUUUGGAGAGAGUGAAUAUAAGAACAGAAUACACAUAAGUAACACAGCAGAAGGUUUGUUAGUGACCUUAACUGAUCUCCAAAUGUCAGACUCCAAAACAUAUCUUUGUGGAGUUGAGAAAUAUGGCUAUGAUUCAUUUAUAGAGGUGAAUCUUAAAGUCAUAGACAGUCCCGAAACAACUGCUAAAACAGUCACUGUUAGGUCUACCGUGUCAUUUGCUGCUAUGACCAGCUACAUUACGUCUUUAAGCAGCUCAGAUAUUAUUACAAAUAUGUCUAUGUCAUACACCCCCCUUCAUAUAACAACGACUACUGCAUAUACAAGACCAGGAGCUGGAAGUGUACAAUAUUUGAUUAUAGGUUACAUUGUUAUAAUAACCAUGUUGAUGGUCCUGCUGAAGUUUAAGGGGAGGAUGAUAAAGAAACAACUGAUGUCAAGUCCUGAUGGGCCACAAGAAGACACACAAAGGGAUGUUGAAUAUGAUGAAAUCAGAACUGAAGACCACCAAACUGAGAACCCACCUGUAACUGUCUCUACCGUGCACUUCUCCACUGACACUGAUCCCGACAGUCUCUAUGCUAAUUGUUACUACCACCAAGACACUGAAUUAGUGGCUGAGCCUGGCAGGUAUUCAAAAGAUGUUUCUUUAAAUUCAGCUUCCAGGUCUAAGGUCAAUCCAAGAGGGGCAUGUACAGAGAGCAGAGUCACAGGUCCCCAAAGUGAAUUUGUGUACUCUGUUGCUCAACAAUCAGAAAGCAACGAAGGUGACUCUCUCUAUUUUCUAGCUCAGUUACCAAAGGUAACCUGGAGGUAGCUACUGUCAAAAUAGAUAAAAAAUAACUUUUUGUAUGAUAUAUGAUUUUUUUAAAAUGUAAAUGUAGUGAUAUGAUGUAAUAAUAUCAAAGCUCUAUUUGUGGAGAAUUCAGUUGUAUUAAUAGUAAUAAAUUGAACGGAACUUGCUCUCUCAGAUACUGAUAUUUUUAGUUCGGUGAUUUGAAAGGUUCUGGUUCAAAUGUAUUGUAAAUUUAAAGGUAUUUGUGUCUUUUUAUAAACUUUUACUACAUGCAUUGGUCCUUCCGUAAACUGGUGUCUUUUUAUUUCACCAUUUAUUACAUUUUUAAAAAGUACAUUUAUCUUAGCAAGUUCAGUUUGAGAACUGAAACUUUGUAUUACAUGACCUUUGCCAAGGAGGUCAGGAGUUCUGUUGUCAACAUUACCCAUGGGAUACAUGUGAAACUAACUUUGCUCAACUUUGUUUUUAAUCCCUUUUUUGUGAAACACUUUGAUUUGCAUCUCUGUAUGAAGUUUGCUAUACAAAUUGAGUUAUUAAAUAACCAAUUUAGAGAAUUUUAAAAUUUGUAUUUUUGUAUUUGAAUACAAUUUUGAUUUGAUUUGUAC